AGACCUUGCAUCAUUUCUUGUAGACAGAGGUGCUGAUGUGAAUUGCAGUGAUAAUUUUGGUAGAACACCUCUUCAUGUGGCAGCUGCUGCAAAUAAUGUGGAAAUGAUUGCGUUUCUUAUCCGGAAAGGAGCAAAAGUGGAUGCAGUUUCAGAUGGUGACUUACUGACACCCGUGCACUGUGCAGUAAAACAUGAUGCCUUUGAAGCUCUUGUAUGCUUAUAUGAUCACCAUGCAAAUAUUCAUAAAAGGGACUUCAAACAAAGAACACCACUCUUUCUUGCUGCUGAACAUGAACUGGUGGCUUACACUGUUGAGUAUCUUCUGUAUUGGUGAAAUGCUGCUUGUAAUAUUUGUGGAGAUUCGUGCAUUCUUAGUUUUGUGGAAUACAGUACGAAAGUGGAAGAAAUGGCGAAAAGAUCAGAUAUUACGAGAAGAAGUUCACUGCCAUUCCUGCUGGCCCCAGGAGGAAAUCAAUUUAAAGAGAAAGAUUGUUGCAGUGGACUUAAUAAAAGAUUACUACUUCCUAGAUUGGUGGCAUACACAUGACUGCAUUGUCCUGACCUUUUUAUUCGCGGUGGUUUGCACCCACUUGAUUGCACUUGGUCUGACAGGAAACAUCAAGAUGCUUUGUCAGCACCUUAUUGCAUUGUCAUUCAUUCCAUUAUGGCUGAAGAAUAUGAAGCAUCUUCGUGCUUUAAGAGUUAUAGGGCCCUUUAUUGUCACAAUUGCCAGGAUGAUGACCGAUGUUGCAAAGUUCUUAUUUCUGUACUUCGAAUUUUUUUUUGCUUUUGCCUACUCCAUUUGGCUGAUGCUUGGAGGAACUUCAGAACUACGAACAUUGGAUGAAGCAUUAUUCUUUAUUUUUCGGAUUAGUGUUCAAGAUCAAUGGCAGCUGGGGGAUACAGCAGAUGAAGAUCGUGUUUUAGCAUACAUUAUCAUUGGGACUUACAUUAGCAUUACGUCAUUCCUGUGUUUCAGUAUGUUUACUGCAUUAUUCAGCAAUACGUAUAUGAGAAUUCAUGAGAAUUCGAAUGUCGAUGUUCUUAUGCAACGAGUCAGUAUUAUACUGCAAGCAGAAAAGAGGUGGUGUAUCUUCCUACACCAGGACAAAUGUCGAGAUUUCAUAUUAAAAGAAUGUGCACCUUUAAAAGUACGAUACAAGAAAAAAGAAAAGCAUUGGAAUGAAAAUGUAUUUCCACUUAGAGAAACUAAAGCAGAUAAGGAAGCAAGACUUUCAGAACUUGCAUUGAAAAUUAAGGAGAUGCUCAGGGAUUGCACAAGUAUAGCUACUGGUAUCCCAAAUAAGGAUGAAGAAGAAUCUAGAACUAAUCUGCAAUCUAGACAACAGUCAAAGAAUAAGAAACUAGUUGUGUUGCAGAAAGAUCUCUGGAGACUGCAACAAGGACUGGAAGUAUUACAAUCUCAACAAGAAAUCCUUGAUAUGGAAUUACAGGAAGUCAUGGACAAACUGCUGGAAAAAGCACAGAGAAUGUGUGAAGUGUAUCAUAACAGAGGUUUGACAGAUAGAGUGCUUACAAAGGAGGAAUAUCAACAUAGUCAAUCUAUAGAAUUCUUUCUGAGAAAAAAGAUACAAAGUGUCAACCAUUAUUUAGGAAGUCAAGGGGUAGAAAAUAUCAAUCAACACAAUCAACAGUUGUCUGAGUACCAAUCAGACUGAAUUAAAUCAAGCAAAUGAUGGGUGCUCCAAUUGGUAAAUACUUCAGUGUAAUAAUACAUUCAAGCUCAUGGAAUCAAAUCCUAAUUAACACAAAACUGUAACAUAAAUAAAACUAUUUGUUAAUGCAUCCUGUUUGGUUAUGAAAAAAGUGAUCUUUUAUGUAUGACAAAUUGUAGGACUGGCUUUUUAUCUAUUCUCAAUAUAAUUAUAUUGAUUUAUUAAAUAGGCUUAACUUACAUUAAAUUCAAGUGUUGAUAUUCUGAAUGUAUCUUACAACACUAUUAUUAA